UUUUAUUUUAUAAUAUAUGAAUACUUUUUUUUAUAAGACUAAAACUGAAUUUUGAGAUAUUGUUUGAAAAUUUCAACGUUUUGAAACAUUCAACCACACCUUUUAUCCAGUCAAACCCGGUCAACCCACCCAUCUAUAUUUACACCAUCAUUUUUGGCGCCGACCGUGGGACCGAUUUUUAAAGUUUUUUCGACCAGGUCAAAACUUUACCCCACUAAAUAUCCACAAUCAUGUCUUCAAGCAACCACAACACUGUGUCAAGCCAGGCUGUGAGUGAAAGCACUCCUGCCAUCCCAUUGAUGAUGCCAGGCAUGGGGACGACCUUUGCCCCGAUCACCACUGUAGGAUCAGUUGGCAUGAUCCCAAUCAUGUCAACCCCUACUCCUACUCCAACGACAACAAUAUUCCCAGGCUCGAUAACAACGCCUGGUGGAGCAUUCGCACCAUACCCGUUAGCUUGGGCACAAUUUGCUGCUGACCCGGCAAAUGCUCAGGCUCUACAGGGCUAUCAACAGGUGAUGGCUAUGAUACAACAGACAGGGGGCUUCAUGCCAUUUGCCUAUCCUGGCAUGAAGCCACCAAUUAUGCCACCCCCGGUGUCGACUCCAUCAACAGUCGUUCCAAGGAUGGUCCCUGUGCGCUCGGUGAAUUUGACAAGGAUCAUGAACGAGGCAGCGCCCUCAAAUGUUCACGAGGUGGACGAGGCGGAGCAAGAGACUAGCGCAAUGGAAAGGCUUGGUGGGAGUCGUUCCGCCCCAUCUCGUCGUUCUAGGGAAUCUGAGACGAUUCACCUAGACGAGGAGGAAGUUGAAAGUCAGUCCAGGGCAUCGGCGUAUACCAGGCUCUCAUAUGAUGAGGAUGACCUGGACAAGAUAGGGAGCGUAGCAAGAAAGCUACGUGCCCUGGAGGAAAAGGUGGAAGAGAAGGCAGGAGCAAAGAAGCACACCCUGGCAAAAUCACCCUUUUCGGCCAGGGUACAUGCACAAAAAUUGAGGCGGAAGGUCAAGCUGGGCGUGGAGAAAUUCACUGGAAAGGAGGAUCCAAAUGUCCACCUUGACACCUUCCACAAUGCAGCACAGAUGGCCGGGUGCACUGAUGCUGAGGAGUGCUUGCUCUUCUUCUCAUCCUUGAGAGGGAGGCCUGUGGAAUGGUUUAACGGCCUUCCCCAGGGCAGGAUUGGGUCCUUUGAGAAAUUUGCCGAAGUUUUCCGCAAGAAGUACCAGGAUAACUGCAUCAAGAGGAAGAAGUUUACCUACCUUAACACGGUAGGGCAGAGGGAGAAGGAGUCCUUGACUCAAUUCUUAACCCGCUGGAGGGACGAGGUUGACAAGGUAGAAGAGAUGGAUGAUAAGACGGCCAUGUCUUUACUGAUGAAUGCCUUCCGGUCGGGUGACCUCUACACUGAAUUCUGUAGAAGACCACCCUCCUCUUAUCAGGAAGCCUAUAACACGACAUGGGAAUACGCCGAGGCGGAGGUCCUGAACAAGAGCAAGCGGGAGCUAGAGGAAGGCCAUACAAAGGUGAAAUCUGACAAGCCGAAGAAGGAUGACCAGACGGGAGGGUCCAAGCCAAAGGCCACAUAUGACGGGUCCAUCCACCAAAUAAGGGAUGAGAAGAAAGGAGAACAACACAAGCGGCCUUGGACAGAGAAGUGGUGCACCUACCACCAAUCCGACUCUCACAACACGACAGAUUGCCGGAAUGUGAGGGUCGUGCUCAGGGAGAUGAUCUUGAAAGGGGAAUUGGGUGAAAUAUUCGUUACGGGGCUUGAGGAAGACCCAUAGGCGAGUACUUGAAUCCACCCACAUGAAUAUGAUCAGGGAAAGAAGAGAGGGUGGAUAAGAUGUGGUCAAGAUUGCUAAGCUUGCUGUAGACGGAUCAGUCUUGAUGU